UGUCAUUCUAGCAACUACCGCGACGACGAGGCGAUGAGGGUGCAGGGAUGGGAUCCAGUCUUGCUUAUAUGCCAGAUCAUCUCACUUCAGGCCAUACAUUACCUAUCACUGUCCAUUCUCGUCCCACCGCUGCUUCAAUCACUCACAUCUCCCUCCGUCCUAGCUUACUCAGGGGGCCCAUCGACAAUAAGCCAUGUCCUAGAUUGGCGGGAAAUGGCAGCUAGACCGACAGUUACUUCCAAGUCCUUCUCUGGCUUAGACCUGGCAUCCGCCGCUAAUGGAUGGAGAAAGCUUCGAGGAGCGUGGUCAGGGGGAAAACAAGUGGGACAAGUGAUCGAAGGUGAUGGCAUUGGCGGCGGUGAUAAGCCUAGUCAGAGCGCAGAGGAAGAAGAUGAAGUAUGGGAUUUCGGAGUAGACGAUCGUCGAGGAUGGUUAUUGGGUCUGAGUUGGCUCAUAGCAUCGGCAAUAGACAUCGCUCCUCUGUAUUAUCUCAUUCGAAGACCGACUCAUAUCUUGGAUUUCUCCCUCACCCUCGUCUUUCUCCAUCUCGUCCUGACGACCUAUUACGCCAAAUCCUUCCCAACAUCCCUUUUCUUCUGGGUUGUUCAAGCUUUAGGAGCUCUUCUGAUGAUUGUGAUAGGGGAACAAGUCUGUGUCAAGAGAGAAAUGCGGACAGAGCUCAGUAUGGGUUGGGAUACGAGUCUGGAAUCGGCGAGAUUAGAAGAACAGAUAGAGCUGGUGGAUCGGUGAUCAUGCACUGCGUGUCUACAGAGCGGCGUCCAUAUGUCUGUAGAGGAGUUCGGCGAUCUUCAGAGGCACGUUGGUCGUGCCGGGACCGAGAGGAGACUGAGUGCCUUCUUCGCGUUCUCGCUCGAGAAAGCGAGGCACAAUGUACCUCGCCAGCGGUCGAUGCAUCACGCUCAGCAUCGUGGUACCUGCCAUGUCAAUUGAUGCAUCUUCCUGCCCUGCC